AUGGACGUAGAAACACUGGACGAGAAUAAAGUUGAAAUAGUAUUCAAUGUUGAGGAGAUACUAAAACAGUUUCAAUAUGUAUGCAUGCCUCCUAUAGGAAGCGAUCUGUCUUUGUGCUCGGAAGUAGAGGACUUUGAUAUGUUCCAUCGCGUUUUUAACAGCAAUAUAACUGCUAGAGUCAGCACAGCCACACCGCAAGUGCUUGAAAUGAUAAAGGAGCUGCUAGAGCUACGGCUUUACUACGAUUUAAAAUACGAUGAUAAAAAUGCCGCAUAUUCUCAAAGUAUGAAGGUAAAGGAUGCCCUGUUUACAAAGGAAUACAGCAAGCGCUCCAUCAAAACCAUAAAAGACAACAUCCAUAGCUCCAAAAUAGUAUACCGCAACAACAGAGAAGAAAAAACAGUAAAAACAAAUUUAAUGACAGAAUUCAACUUGUGGUAUCGAUGCCUACAGAAGAUCAGAGAUGUGUAUAUUAAUGAGCAGAGGUAUAUAGAGCUUUGCACUGAUACUUUAAGGUCAAAAAUACACGCCAUUGAAAUAUUGCAUCUCAAUAGUCUCGGAUACCAUAUGGAAAUAAUAGAAAAUUCUUACGACAAAGUAAUACAGAAAAGUGGAGAAGACAGCUCAGAUGGCCUUUUCACACUGGAUGAGCUGUACAGUAAAACCAUCGAUGGAGUUCCAUUGGUGGACUUUGGAAUAAGGUACAUGCACGAGAAUACGGCAGCAAUAAAAGACCUCUCAUAUGUUUUUUACGACGCAUACUAUGCAAAAGAAAAGCUAGAGCUGCAAGAGCUGGAGAAGAACAAGCAGAGUACGCUGUCUGAAUACAUGAAACUAAUCAGAUCGAUUCACAGAUACAAGAAAGAGAUAAAAAAUGAAAAAGACGCAUUUGACAUCAUUGCAGAGCUGUUGAAUCACCAAAUGCUCCAUCUUCCUUCGGCCUUAGAUAGCAAUAAACACGCUUUAUCCAAGGAGGAGAUGGAGGACAUUUGUAAAUAUGGAUGCAUAGGAAGCAGCGUAAAAGACUACAUUGAUUUAGUGUGCGAGGUGUGCUUAGGCAGCGCAAAUAAAGAAGAAUGGAGAAAAAAACAAGACGAACUAUACAGCAUGUAUAGAAAUAAGGCUAAUAACGCUAUAAAAGAAACAGUGCAAGGUAUAAAUGAGCUGAAAGAACAAAUAAACAGGCAUUUUGGGUAUGACGUCCCUGUCCAUGAAAUUAUAGAUGGAAGUAUUGCUAAAAACAGUGAUUCGAUAAAAAUGCAAUUUGCAUCUUUCAGGUGCUUGAAGAAAGAAAAAAGGCUCUUGACGUAUGCUUUGUCUUCUCUAAUGGACCAUAGCCGUAAAGAUAUAAAAUCACUUGAUGUACUGGAUAAACAGCUGGCAGAGCUGUCGUCACUCCAAAAACAAUACAUAGCUAGAAAGGCACACAGAUGCACCGAUGUGCUGAUGAUCGUACCAAUCAAAAAAGAAGUGGAUGAGAAAAUAGCUAAGAUUAUGCUCCGCGUGCAUCUGUGUAUUUUCAUUUUAGUUUUUAUGCUAGUUAUACUUACCCUUCCAGCUGUUUACAUGGUAAAAAAUAGGGUAAGUGAGUUGAGUAUGCGAUGGCAGCUGUUACUCUAG